UUCAAACGAACAAACCAAUCACAUAACUGUCACAAAAAUAUCAAGUACGUACCAUUCAAUCAUGCUUCUAAAUUUUAGUAAUGUCAUUUUCAGCAAUUAAUUUAUAUUUUAAAAACAACUUUAUUUUAUGUUGUUAAAUGAUAGUGUAAAAACAAUUUGACCCGCAUUGCUCGAAAAUCUAGAAAAUCAUCCUCUGUUAUUCACAGUCAUGUCCCAACAUCUACAACCAGUACAUUAUGAUUACCCUCUUCCACCGGAACACUACUUCGUAGAAGAACGUGACGUAUAUCCGGAAGACUACUGUGACGGCGACUGUGUACCCCAAAAUGUCACUACCGUUCAGGCAAUACCAUCAAAUAUGAUAGGAGAGUUGUACAGCAGAAAUCCAACAAUAGUACCAGUACGUUUAGUAACGUAUAAUAGAAAAACGCCGCACAUCGUACCCAAGCAGCUUUCUGAACAAUAUAUUCAACAACCACAUCACAACAGGAACUCCCCAUCUCCAAGGUCAUAUUACUCGAAACAUUGUGAACCCACAAGAGACUAUUUUCAUAACACCACCGUAUCCCAGCAUGAAAUGCAUUAUGGUACCAAAGCAUACCAAAGCGCGUUUCAUAACGUAGAACCAUUUCCUUCGAUAAAUUGUAGAAGUAAUAAUCUAGAAGUUGAAUAUUCUAGAAUACCAAGGCCUAUUGGUUCUAAGAAGUUUCCUAUUACUUUUGCCACGCCAAAAUAUUACAAAAAGCCGACGCCGAAUACCGUUUACAAGCGUCCUUCCGCCCUUUGUCUGCCUGGCACAACUCAACCGGACCCUGCGGUAAUCCGGCGCCCCAAGAAAGUACCCAUUUUCACUGACAACUGCGACGAGGGGACACACGAACCGGAGCUAAUACGUCCGGAUUCUCCGAGUAGCCCCGCCUUCAAACCAGCGAGUGGUUAUGAAAUGCCUCAUAGAGUAGGCGGACAAGGUGAUGUCAAUGUAAAAAUGCCCGAUUUUGAAGAAAUGUUUGAUCAAAUGGAAAGGAAAAUCACUACAUCCGAAACCGAAAACAAAGAUGAAAUUGCAAAGAUCGCCAAACUUUUGAAACCGAGAGUACCUGCUACGAUUCGAGCGAGGCAAGACAAAUGUAAACUAAAAUCAUCUAAGAAAACACCGAUAAUUGUCAAAGCUAAUAAAACGACCGACAAACAGCAACAAGUUAAAAAAGAUGCCUCAGCAGCUGCUGCGGCACCAUCGCUGGAAAAACUACUUCAUCAAUUGAAAAAAUGCGAACUGGUCGUUGAUCAAGAGGAGUUUAACAGAAAAUCGCCGGUACACAGAAAUAGACAAGAAAUUGAGAAGACGGAUAAAGAGAUUAAAAAGGAUGAUUACAAAGCAGAUGUGACGGACGGGGAGGUUUUGAACUUGAAUUUGGGCGGCUUUAAUUACCAAGAUAUCAACGAAAAUAUGAGAUCUAAAUGCAAUUUUGGUAAAGUUUUGGAAGAAACUAAUCAAAUAGAAAAUUUAACUUAUCAAAUGAAUGCGACGUCAAACGGUUCCUCAUCGAGACCCAAAAAUUUAUCUAAGCCGACUCUGGACGAUAAUUGUGCGCUGGAACUACAUAAAUCGAAAAGUUAUAUUGUCAAUUUGAUAGAUAGGGCGCUAAGUAAAGAAUUGGGGACUGUUCCUAAUAAUAGAUGCCACAAAGAACUUGAAUCCAUGAACCCCAAGCGAGCGAUCGAGCUCAUGAAUCGUCAUGCCGGUGAAAGAGAUUUGCCACACAGUGUCACGGAAUCCCAUCUUUCUAACUAUACGAAUCAUGAUACGAUGGAGUUAUUAGAUGACGAUCAAAAUUCGGCCAAAUGUAAAGUUUGUAAUUGCAGCUCAGAAGAACCCACCUAUAUAAGGCAACUAAAGCAACUUAGAUGGGGACAUUUAAGGCAUAUACAGCGAGAAAUUAAGAGGCUAGAAGAACUAGAGCGAUUUUUAGAUUCUUGUUCCACUAUCCCAGAUUAGUAAAAUACAAACAUUGGAUAGGUAUUUGACAGAUAGAUUAGGAAACGUUAAUAAUAUAACAUGUCAGUAUUGGAUACUAUUUCAAAAGCAAAUUGGAUUUUGGAAGUUACUCUAUCGUAUCAUUUUACAUCUAAUAUUUGUGUUUUAAUAAUUUUAGGCGUAGAAAGAUAUAUCUGUAAACAGGGUGUCAAAAACUGUUUUUCAUCAAAUACAUUAGACUAAAUGUUACUUACUACAAAGCUUUGUACAUUUUUCAUUUUUUAAAAUAUGACUAGAAUAAUAAAUGACGUUGACUUUGACACAUGUCAUUAUGAUACAAAAAGAAUUAAUCAUCUUUUGACAUUAGUUUCUACUUUCUAAUCAUAAAUUUAAUUUAUAAAAAUAGAUCAUAAAAUAAAAUAAAAAUUUAAAUGGACCUUUUUAUACACGAAUCGAUGAUGUUUAAAAAGUCAAAGAAUCAGCAAAAAUGCCAAACGAAGAGCUUUUAAAAUUAUGAAAUAACAAAUUUAAACUUAUUACUACAUUAAAAAUUUUACUAGACAGAUAUCUGACCUUACCUCUCAACACUCAUAAAAAUGUUUCAAAAUAUUAAAUUUUCUUGUGGUGACACCCUGUAUAAAAGUGCUGUUAGUAGAAAAAUGAUUACGGACAGUGUUAGAUGAUAAUUAAAGUCGUAUACGUAUUUAUAUUUUUAUUAUACAGAAUGUUUUUACUACUAAGUUUAAAUAUUUACAAUUUUAUACAAAACGAUUUUUAUACAAUGUACAAUUUUUUAAAAUUUAACGUGCAAGUUUUUGGUUUGUUUUUUGUACAAGUAAAGACCUAAUUAUAAAAUUGAUUUGUUUUUGUAAUUUUUACUUCAGUAAAUAAAAAUGGAAAAGAUGAAAAACCGGAGUGUUCCAGAAGGUUUACAUAGAUCAAGUUGUUACUAAAAUCACUUCAUUUUAAUUGUCAAUGCCACAAUUACGGUUUAAAAAACUUCCAAAGUAUUUUAUUGAUUCAUAACUACGUGACUUAUUAAAAUACCCCAAAAAAUAUACAGUGUGGUCUAUUAUUUUUUAUAUGACGUCAUUUUAAAAUGUAUUCUUUAAAUAAUAUACAUCAAUAUUCUUAGCUUCUAGUAUAAAUAAAUAACCCAAAAGAACCAUCCAAAUAGGUAUAAUGAGGCACCCAGUAUUAAUGAAAAUAUAAAAUUAACUCCUUUCAUAAAACAAGAACUUUAUACUAAAAUUAUUAGUGUUUUUUCUUGGGAAUUCUUUGAAUGUUAGUAUAACUAGUAGUUUCUAACUCAUUCUCAUCAUCAUCUUCAUCAUCGUUUAGUAAAUCAUUUUGUUUAUUUCUUCUACUUCUAUUCGCCUUUACCAUAGUAGGACUCUGAAACUCCGCUUUUAUCUUCUCAUUCAAGGUCGUCGCCUCCCUCGUUACCUCGGUUACCUCAUUUACCUCAGCUGCGGUCGACUCUUCGCUAGUAAACGGAAUAAACUGAGAAACUUCCUUCUGUUUCGGAUUAAAAAAAUCAAUUAUGAAUCUCGGCGUUAGAUUAGAUACGAAUGGCAAGACAUUAUCUUUGGCAAAUUUUUCGGCUUGUUGCAGGGCUUUUCCUAUAUUUUCCGGAAUUUCUUGAACUACAUUUAUGAUCGUAUCUAGAGGAUUGGGCUGUGUGCUU